CAAAAUAUACACACGACGAUGCUGGCCCGCCAUCCGACGCUCGACGAAGAAUUCGGUGCAGUUCAAUCGCCGCACAAGGAUGUGGACUUCCUACUGCCGCCGCCGUUGAAGGAAAUCACUCCAAAUAUGCAGCAGAAGACUGACGCGCCAAUCUCGCUCUCGCUUUCGUUGUCGGACGGGCAGGACCUGAAAGACCUGCUGGCAAUUCAUCUCACGAUGAUGACAGUGCUGGCACCUUUGCCCCAAUGGCAAGGCGUAGCCUUAGCCAAAGUGGAUACAUGGGGCCCACAUCAGGUGCUGCUGCAAGUCGAACAGUUGCGUCACACCGACCAAGUUCGCUUGACGCUGUCGAGCGACCCACGGACCCCUCGUACGAGGCACGUCGAGCGCUCGAUCCUGUACCGCAUCCUCCGAAACAUCCAAGAGCUUCUGCAACCAGAAGAAAAGGUCCCUUUACGUCCUCGCCGCAAGAAUAGCAUAUUUGACGGCGACCACGAAGACGUGGUAUUGGCCGCUUUGCGACGACAGCACCUCGAGCCUGGCGACCUUGAAGAAAAAGAAGACAACCCUUCGUAUGUAGUGCCACGGACGCCUGUGGAGUCCGUGCCCGAGGAAUUCGAUGCUCCGCCCGCUGCGACACCGCCGCCGCCGCCCGUACCCGUCCACACCUUCAGCUAUCACGUUCCUGACGAUGGCCUCAACAACUUGGACGACCUGCCCACACGAAAGCGCUCCAACACAUUGAGGUACCACAUGAACAAGGACUCGCUGGGUGGCAUUGCGUUCGAGGGGUAUUUGAGCAAGAAAGGCGACUUGCUGGCGGCAUGGAAGAGCUGCUACUGCGUGUUGGAGGGGCUGACGCUGGCGAUAUACGACUCGCGUGAAGACUUCAUGGCGGACGUAGGGCUCAAAGUUCGCGUUAUCCUACUGGAAGUGAACGAUGACGUGGCGAAACCGCACGGCUUUGCCAUCAAAACGGAAGGCCACAAGACGCAGCACUUGGCGUCGCGGACGGCGUUUGAAAAGGAGCAGUGGAUUCGCGCCAUUCGACUGCAACUGGUCAAAGGCAACCGAUCGGUCGCCGACGACUACAUUGCGUUUGGAUCGCAGCCGAUGGACGUGCCCGUGUUUUACUCGCUGCUGUCGAGUCUACUUCGUGAAGAAAUCUCAGACUUUCCCAUGCUGUGCCGCAACAUUCACCCGGACGUACUGCUCACGUCCAACUACCCUCCCAUUGUGCCGUUCUGGGGCCAAUACCGACGGUACGAUGGCCUGCUGCUGUUCAUUUCGGCUCUCUUGGAGACUGUGGACGUUGAAUCGUUUGAAAUGGCCGACUGCGUCCAGCUCCUUCCAGACACCACACCCGUCGACUGCACACUUGCCCCCGUCAGUCCCGCGAUGAUUCCGCACACCAAACGCCUCGUGGUCACUGGCAAAGAAACGCUAGCGAUCAAGCAGCCAACGUCGUCGGACGGGAGCUCCAGUACUAGUGGAGACGCCCUACGUCGAGUGACGCAGCUGUUUGUGCACGAACUGUGGCUCGACUACAAGGACCGGUUGGUGCGGUGGCAUGUCAACGGCGACUCGGUCGCGCUCUCCGUAGCGUUUGACGCCUGCGACAAGGGAAAAGGGCUUCGGUUGAUUUUACCUGGAGAGACCUCGUCCAUCCACCAGAGCAUCCCCCCUGGUACGUUCUACGUGCAGCUGCUCAAGGCGCACUCGCUCGGGUUCGUCGACGCGCCCGACAAGAACCGAGGGGUAUACGUGCGGUGUGUGCUGGACGAAGGCACGCACAUCGAGCGCACCCUGGACGGACUCACGACCAAGGAGUCGGGCGACGUCAAGCUAAGCACGCCGAGCCCCGCCACACGGUUGCUGCGGGGGAUUCAACGGGUCACGGGAACGUCCAUGGAGCGGCCGUUCGCGUCGUUUGGCGACAAGAGCGGUUGCGUGACCCAGAUCGUGUACCACACAGACGCCCCCGAGUGGAACUCGAACGUCCGGCUGGCAUUUCCGGGCUGCCCCCGCGGCGGUCAGUACUUUCUACGCAUCGAGGUGUACCAAAGCCGGUUCAUGAAGUCGGACGUGCUGAUUGGCGUGUGCAAAGUCAACUUGAGUCCGCACAUGGCGCUCUUGGCUGGGUCGGCCGAAGCCAAGGCCACGGGCGCCCUCUCUCGGUGGUACAACUUGUGCGACAUCUACAACGACUGCAAGGAAUGGUGGGCGCCCCCGACGGUGUUUCGAGGGAAGCUUCAAAUGAGCAUCGUGUUUGCUCCGCAUGCGACGUCGUCGUCGGCCGCAAACGGGACGGCCAUGUACGCGGCGGCAGACCACGACGCCACCGAGCGCAUGCGGGAGUACUUUAGCACCCAAGACUCCCAAGUCAAGGCGUCAAACGUCCACGGCCUCGAAGUGAACAUGCCGUCGUUGUUUCGGUCCGUGAGCAUCUCGGACGUGGAUGUGCGCGACAACUAUGUGAUCAUGGGCAAAAAGUCUCUGUUCGACAUCCCCAAGCGGUACCAAGUGAUCAAAGUGCUCGGGUCGGGCUCGUAUGGCGAGGUGAUUGCCGCCAGUGACACGCACUCGGGGGCAUCCGUCGCCAUCAAGAAGGUGCCGCAGGCAUUCCGCGAACUGCUCGACACCAAGCGGAUCCUGCGGGAGCUGUGUCUGCUGCGGCAGCUAAAGCACCCGCACGUGAUCCGGCUGUGGGACGUACUGCGCCCGACGCGGUGCCUCGAGAUGGAAGACAUCUACUUGGUCACGGACCUCAUGGAGACGGACCUCCAUCGCGUGAUUCACUCGACGCAAACGCUGAGCGACCAGCACGUCGGGUACUUUAUGCUGCAAAUGUUUCGAGCACUCAAGUACCUGCACUCGGCCAACAUUUUUCACCGCGAUUUGAAACCGUCCAAUAUCUUGCUCACCACGCAAUGCGAACUCAAAAUAUGCGACCUGGGGCUGGCGCGGUCGUUGGAUGUCGUGGCGCCAGUCCACGCCAACUUGACCGAGUACGUUGUCACAAGGUGGUACCGAGCGCCCGAAGUGCUGCUGGACGGAUCUCGGUACGGCGCGUCCAUCGACAUGUGGUCUGCGGGGUGCAUCAUGGUAUGUACUGUCGUCCCCCUGAAUAUGCAUCAAGCACCGUGUCGCAGAUAACCCAAAUCUGUGUGUGUACGUACGAAGGCGGAAAUGCUCGGACGGAAGCCGCUGUUCCCUGGCAGCAGCACGGUGAACCAGCUGGGCAAAAUCUUCAACGUGUUGGGAACGCCGUCGUCGGCGUACAUCGACCGCCUCCUCAAGCCCGCGGCGCAGCGCUGGGUCGAGAAGCAAACGUACCGCCCGGCGCUGGCGUUCUCCGAGUUGUACCCGCAGACCAACGUCCUUGCCAUCGACCUGCUCGCGAAGCUGCUGACGCUGGACCCGCAGUCGCGACUCACGGCAGAUCAGGCCCUCGCGCACCCGUACAUCACGUCGCUUGGCCUCAUGUACGACCCCACAUUGGACCUCUUUGACGGAACCGUGGACUCGUCGCAUGAAAACGUGCCGGAAGUGAAGGAGGACAUGCAGCGAGCCGUGUUUGAACAGGUGUGCAUCUUUCAUCCCGAAGCGCGGGAGGCAGAGAAGCGCCUGGCCGCGCAAGACGUGCCGCACGUCGUGAGUCCGACCACUGGCCGCCUUCGACGAGCCGUGCAGUAGCAGCAUGCCUCAUAUAGUUGUGUGUCUGUGAACGUGUUGCGAAUAUGUUGGAGUUCACUGAAAAGGGCGGCGGGAUGCCACGACGUACAUAAGCGUCGUGGUUUCGACGGUUGGUUCUCGGCCAAACGAGGUGGGGGGAGUAGCAACCGACAAUGUACAAGCAGACAUUGCCUCGUGCUGUUCAGGGUAUCUUUCUCGUCGCUCGCAGUCACUUGCACACGUGCAUGUGUGCGUGCGUCAGCGAUCGAGUGAGUUCUCCUUCAAACUGACGGCUGUCGUACAUCUAUGUACAUGCUAUUUCACAACACUCAAAUGCCUGAGAAAGCAGGGACAAACGAGCCAUCGCUUCCUCUGUGCGACCACCGUGGCGAUUCCCUUGUGAUUGGUUUGAAGGCUGUCUGCACUUCCCCCUCUUCCGUUGUUACGUGGUUCAUCGUCCUUUUUUCCC